UAUGAACAGUUUCACACUAGUUAUCCCGGUAAGACGAGGGGUGGUGCGUGUCCGGAGUUGGGGUACAAUAAAUCAGGGACGUGAGAUUAUAUCGGAAUAGGAGUUUGUCAAAGGAGCGCUAUACAUGUGCUGGCAGACGCUCACCGACAGACAUGUUAUAUGCUGCCCUACUGCGACUCUCGCAGCUUUUUGUGACCCUCAUUACGAUGUCCGAAAAUCAAGGUAAGGUCACUGCCCCUUGCGAGAGUAAAGGUGAGGCAGAAUCAGCCCGUCACAAUAUACUGCAAGUUGGAACUGGAGCAGGGGGAGACGUUAAAGCAGGUUCUGUGGCAGGACAACCAUAAUCAGACCCUGUUUGUGUACCAUCCUGAUGAGCUUCCAAGCAUCAUGGACAACCAGAGCGUAACCCUGGAAAGCCCCACCUUCCACACCACUGGUGUCACAGUCAAGAAGGUGAGCCUAGAGGACAAGGGUUGCUACAUGUGUGUGUUCCACGUGUACCCCAGCGGGUCUCAGGAAAGAAGCAUCUGUCUAGAAAUUAUGGCCAAUCUGAGUACAGAGGGGAACAAAACAGCAGUCAGCGGGAAGCCGGCAAAACUGUCCUGCCAGUUUAGCCCCUCUGAGGGGGUCAAGCAGGUCCACUGGAAGAAGACAGAGGAGCAGGGGGACACGAGAGACGUGGCUUUCAACAGCAAGGAUGGAAAGCCUGUUAUUGAAGAGCCGUUUAAGGACCAUGUGACGCUGAGCAAUGGCAUCAGUGAGACAAAUCUCUACAUCAAGCCAGUGAAAGUUGAGGAUGAGGGCUGUUACACCUGUGAAUUUACCUACUAUGGUGACAUGGAGAGUGGCACAGCCUGUCUCGCCGUCUAUGUUUUGCCCAAAACAGAAUUGAACUAUAGGACAGUAUCUCCAGAGAUCAUUGAGGCAAACUGCACAGCGCUGGCUCGUCCGGCAGUCCAGAUCAGGUGGGCCGUGGAGAAGGACAACAGGACACUCAGCCCAUCUGUGUCCUCGGUCUUUGAGCAGGGGGACGGGACCUCGGUGGUCCAUAGCACUCUGCUUGUCAAGGCAGAUCUUCUAAAGGAAUUGCAUGUGAAGUGCCUGGUCUACCAUCCUGGCCUUGAGUCCCCCAUCUAUGUCUCCCUGAACACCAAGAUUGGGAAACCCUUUACUGUUCUUAUCUGCGUGACAACAGUCGCAACUCUGCUUAUCCUAUGUCUAUGCAUCUAUCUGUGGAAAUGCGUCCUGCGCAGUGACUGUUGUGGGGAGAAACCAGAGAACUGGAAGGAAACCCCACAACGACACCUGGAUGCACCCGAGCCCCAGAGCAUUCACCUGAAACAUACAUGGAUGGCUGGACCACACCCAACUGUAACCCCAUCGAGCAGGCCAGCCAUGCAGACAGCACUGCAGACUCUCAGCAUUCUUCCCCAGAUGUAG